AUGAACAAGAACUGGAAUGACCGUGCCGAUAAGGAUCUCUUCUUCACUAUUCUCUCCGUCAAGAACAUUGGUGUCAUCAGCGGGAGCGAAUGGACUACAAUCGGUAACCAUAUGAGGUCCAUGGGCUAUGGCUUCACCAAUGAAGGCUGCCGUCAACAUUUCCAAGGCUUGAGGAGGGCUCAAAACAAGGUAGACACUUCCAAUGGCACCUCGGGCGAUGGAAAUUCGAAGCAGCUUGACCCUACCCUGAACCCCAUCACUCGGAGGCCGGGUCCCGGUCGAGGUCGGCCUCGAAAACAGCCUCCUGCCCCGGUCGCUGGCGAUGCCACUGCCCCUGGACAGACACCCCAGAAGCCUCAGGACCCUCAGCAGCUUCAGCAGCUUCAGUCACUACCCCCAGCCCCUCCUGCCCCAAUGGGUCCUGGUGAGCCUUUACCACAGCCGGUACACCUGGGGGUCCCUGAUGCCCUCGGGCUCGAACAGGGCGAUGAGCUCGAGGAGCAGGCCGCCAAAAGACAGCGUUUAGACGACAACACGGACCCGUCAUUGGAGGAUGAUGCCAUCUUAAACAGCCUGACCGACCACCAGAAUCAAUCGUCCGUGGAUCAGUAUGGCCAGGAGUAA